GCCUACCGACCUCUGUACUACUGCUUUGUUCCGCUUCUCUCUUGAGGACGCUGUACUACUGCAUUGCUUUGGAUCUGCGAAACACUCGGCUUGUGAUAUCCGGCGCUGUACUUUUAGUGGCGACAUCUGGAACUUGGCGGACAUCAGGAUUCAGGAAUGAGCAACGCCCACCCUACGAUCACCAUCGACCUUGUCCUCGACCGCCUGCAAGCGAAGGAGGUCCUGCGCGCGGUCCUGCACUCCAUCCUGUUCCACCGCCUCUUCGGGACAGUCAAGCCGCGCACGUUUGAGGUCCUAGACGUCACUAUGCCAGGAGUGGACGACCAAGAGAUCACACAUCUGGUGGACGACAAGGUCGACGCGUUCUGGCGCGGGGUCGAGGGCGAUGCGAACAAGCGGGGCCAGAUUGUGGUGACGCUCUCGGAGAAGCGGCCGCAGAAGUCGUGGUUCCUCAGCAGAGAGGAAGAAAUCCCUUGGGAGCAGUGGAUCAUCAACGCCGAGAUACGCCAGCCUUCGGACAGAGAGCGACAGAAGUUUAACGCAGAGUUGGCGGGGACGCUUACGAAGAGCCUGCAGACGAUGCUGGUGCACUCAUCGUCCGAGAAGGGGCGCUCGGCGGUGCCCCUGAUCACGAACGCGUCCAGUAUCUCCCCUUUCCCGAUCAAGAUGGCUGUCAAAGUUGGGGGCGUAGAAGUGGCCUGAAGCUGAAGGUAGCGGCCAGCCGGGGCCUGUCGGGAUGGGUACGGGUGGGUGUGCUGCUACGGAAUAUGGCCGAAGGAGAAAUUCAUUAGACUCGGGCUACACAGGAUGCGGUGCCGGCCCAAGAGAUUGUACAACUAGGCAAUUUGACUGCAGCGUCCGUCA